AUGCCUUCCUGGCAGAACAACAACGAGACAUCCGACGCCGAUGAUGACGAGUACAUGAACGAGUACAGCAGCAGCAACAUGCAGAUGGAGUAUUUUCAAACUCCUGACACGGUGAUAGAUCCAAGUUUCUGUGGGCUUGUGGUUGAAUCUGAUCGUAAGUGCAUCCUGCACAGGCAGAGACCAGGCAGGUUUGUGGCAUUUGAAGGGACUGACACUGGAAGGAGAUUCAUUGGAUGUGCUACUACGGAUGGUGUGAACUGUGGUAUUCUGGAGUGGGUAGAUGCCCCUUGGCCAGUCAUUCUGCAAAGGUGUUUAACCAAGCUGUGGGAUAUGUAUCAUGAGGAGAACCUUGGUAGAGUCCAAGACAAAGAUGCUCAUGAGAUAGGGGUUGAGAAACUGAAGAAGGAGCUGGAUUCUCUUGGCAAUCAGUACAGUCAGCUUGUGGAUGAUGUAUCCAAGUUGUUUGAUUACCAGGAUGGGCAGAGAUCCCAUGACAUGGAUCUUACAAGUCAGGCAAUUAAUGAACUUAAGGAGAAGAAGCAUCGGCUUGAGGAGCAGGCAAAGAUUGAGGUUCAAAUGGAGAAGCUUAAGCUGAAGAAAGAACAGAGGUGCAUCCUGCAGAGUCAAGCUGAUAUCAUUAAAAACACCAGGAAGGCCAUGAAGGAGAUACAAGUGGAGAGGGACCUCCUUAAAGAAGAGAAGAAGAAGCUGGAGCAUGUCAUUUCUGAGCUACUGAAGGCUGGUCAUGGGUGCAAGGAAAAGCUGGACAAGAUCAAAGAAGUUGUCAUGGAGGAGUGA